AUUCAGCCACUUCUUACGUCACUUAGCAAAGUCUUCAGAGAUUGUUCAACUGUUUCGUGUUCCCUAAAGGAUGACGUGCUAUAUCUUCGCCAACUCGUCUUUGCGUCUUACUUUAGCGAAGGGCUAGCAGGCUCCGUUCCCGUCGGGUCGAUCUCGCCUGUAAUAAAGCUAAUUACGACUGAGGCAUCUUCAUCUUCGUCUUCCGUCUUCUGUACCGUUCGAAUCGACGCCUUCGGCGUCCCUACGUUAGUUACCAAAUAUUAGCCAACGCCCUUCUGUAUCAUAAUACCAAAACUUUGAUGCCCGUAGACGAGCGUUAAACGGGGACAAGAAAGUCCCCAUGUAAUCGUAACUUUCCAUGCAUGACGUCAGAUAUAACAAAAUUGCUGGUUUAAAUAUUUUUUAAAUAUUAUCCAUUAGCGACGAGGAGUAUACGUACCGGGUGGCAAUACAUCGAGGGAUCAUUUAUAUUCUUCAUAUUAAUAUCGCCUGAACCUCUAUAUAUAUAUUUGUGUAUAUUAAUAUAUGUAUAUGCUUAUAUAUAGCCCUGCAGUAUAUACUAUAUACCUUGGAAGUUAAUAUUGCUGAAUUUUGGCGACAGAUGGUGCUAAACGGGCAACCACCCCUCUCAGGCUAUUGAGCCUGUCAAGUUGAGCCCUGAAGGGGUGGGUAUUAGUAUCGGUAUUGGGCAUCGAGAGGCUCCGCUUCAAAUCUCAAUUGUAUGCCGAUACCGCUCGAAAAAAAUAUUUGAACCCUUGAUUGCACUGGGCGAAAUGGUCAAAGGGGGGUAGAUAUACAUUUUCACCUAAAAUUGAGGGAGAUAUUCGUUUUAUUAAGAAUUUCUUUUUUCAUUAUAUAUAUAUAUUUUUUUUUCGAAAAUUUCAUCCCCUUUCAUUUUCAUACUACAAGGUACAUGCAAAGUGACGUAAUCUACAGAUAGGGUAGUUUUGGUAAAUACAGAUCAAGUUGAGUAUCGGCCGUAUAGGGUAACGUCAUUAGAAACCCUCUGUUGAACAUUGAAUUUGUCCAAUACAGUUGGAUGACCAUUGGAAACGAUACUCGCAGCGGUCAAGUAUUCUCAUGGCCGAAUAACGAGGAUAAAAUUAAUUGAAGAUGAAAUCAUUCAUCGAUGACGUAAGCGUCAGCAUCAAUUGAUAAUCCAAUUGGACUUGGACGUUAAUUCACAAUGGACUCCAAGAGGUCGGAGGAACUAGCCAGCUGCAUCCAUGAAUAAUACAUCCAACCGAUGACCAUCGCGAUUCGCUGCUGCGAUUCGUAUCCUGCAUUUUCACAGUGGAUACAGGCGUGUACACAUUGAGCCUGCUUGUUCGUUGCGCCUCUUGCGUCAUAUAUCCUCGUUUUCACAUUGGCCAAUGGGUCCAGGGAUAAUUGCGUAAAAAAAUUAAAAGAACGGUGAAAAAGACGAUUUCGUCUAACUCAUCGUAAUUUUGAAACGCGUUACAAUGAAUAUGAGUUUUAUGAAAUUCUUACUUCCGGUCUUGUGCUAUACCUAAAUUCGUGAGAGCGCGUUAACUAUGCACUUGCGACCUCGUGUGGACUAGGCAUUAGUUUCUUUGGCGUCUUACUUUCUCCUUUUUAUAUUGCUUUGUGUAUAUAUAUGACGGUCCGUAUUUUUGGUUGGAUCCUCCGUUUCGAAUUAUUCGGUACUAUUGUUAUGAUUAAAUUUUCGUCCACCAGAUCGAACGUUCCAAAUUUCUUGCAAUUUCAUUGCGAUUCAAUGUCGCGCUUGGUUAUCAGCUGAUUAUCUUAAUUGUGAAAUUACAUUAUUUAUGUAUCUUCUAGUCUAGAUUUAUUUAAUGCGGGGUUACGGUUAGAGUGCGUUAUGCGUGUGAACCAAGCAUUACGUUACUAGACGUACUCUCACCUUUAAGCUAAUUCACAUUCCCAUGCGCGUGAACGAAAGAUCCAGGUAGAUCGUAAUCCUAUGCUUGGAGAGAUCGAGGAGACGAUUAUUAUCAAAGAUUAAAAUUAGUCUUGCAUCUUUGGAUACAUUGGGAAGAUGCUGGGAAGAUUGUAAAUUUUUUUUUUCACUGAAUUACAUAUACAUAUGGAAAUGGGUAAUUAAAUUUUUUUCACGUGCAUUUUUUAUUCCACAAAAAUUUUAUAUUUUUGAAAAUACCUUAUCUCACGUAAUACAUUGUAUACUCGUGCACCCUGUAUACGAAAAUUCACGACAGGGCCUAGCACUGCUAUUUCACGUAACGGAAUUCAGCAGAAAGACAGGAUCGGCAAAAAUCCAUUUUCUCGAAACGAGAAGUCGUCGACCUGUAAUGGCUGCUAACCUUGACACGGUGCAUCAACGUGCACUAUGGUUACGUAUACGGUAUCUGUAUAGUAAUCCACGUAACAUCCACCUUGCAUAGAAAGAACGACGGCGAUGGCAAGGCACUCUCGAAUUUACGAGGUAAUAUUUUCGUUCUACAUCAAUUCUGACGUAAAAGUGUAUUUGACAUGUGAAAAACAAAAAUACGUAUAUGGUAAAAAAAAAAAUAAUUUUUUUCAAACAUCUCGUCCAACGUUAAGGACACCUGGGCAAUUAGUGGCUUAGCAUACAAUAGACUUGCGUGCAAUCGACUGGAGCUCCAAUCAGCAGCAUUUGCGGUGGGAACCACCGUAAUUAGAAAUUAAAGCGGAUGGACCACGAAAUAUAUAUACGUCAUACGUAUAACCCUAUUGCAUAUACUGUAUAUAUAUAUAUGAAUUUAUUACCAUCUACAAAUCCCGAUUACAGAACAGCCGUGGAAUAUUUAAUGAUUUUCUAUUAAUUUCAUAACGAAUUAUAACCUUAAAACCAGCGCACAGUUUCAACUUACGUGUAAUUGAAUAUUUGAAAGUUUUAACUGAUCCUGACCGCGAGGCCAAGGACUGAUCACGCACGGUGUUCUCCUCUGCUGCCAUCCUCUUACUUCAGUUCAAGGUAGGCACGUCCACGCAUCUUUUCAAUGAUUUCAUUUUGUCAGGAAUAUAUUAUAAAACGAAAAAAGAACAAGGUCCGUCUAGUAUAGGAGUAAUGGAUACUACCGGGAUACUUUGUAAUUCGUAAUAUUAUUUAUUAGCUUCCCUAUCCUUUGUGCUUCUUCUUUGGUUAUGCGUGUCCUUCGUUAAUUUCUUGUAUGUAAUUAGUCAUCAGAGGUGGAGGAUGCUUCUGUAUAACUUGACCAUGAAUUUUAUUUAUAGCGUGAACGGAUGCCGUUUCGAGUGGAAACACGAAGACAAAAAAUUUGAGUAAAUUUUUUUCUACCUUGUUCUUUAUGUAAUUAUCAUUGUAUAGAAAUCAUCCCGAUAGUCACUUUCGAAACUUUGCAAGAUGGAAAAUAACCGGUUUUGAUCUUGUUACUUGUAACGUGUGAUGGUACUUGCUCAAUUAUCUUUCAUUUCGCAGGAACGAGGACGGACCGGGUAUACGACUCUUCAGUUCCUUUGGCGAGCUGGUUGCUGGGUAACAAAUAUAACGCGUACUGCACAGUUGGUAUUCCGGACUGUUGCUGUGUGGAAAUUAUAAUUGGCUGACAGCCAUCGUAUGUGGGCCAUCAACAAUGACAUCGAACGGAACGGCGAUUGAUCGGUAGCUACUUUGACACGGGGUAUAAGGGUCGUGAUUGAGAAAAAUGUUAAAAAAAAUAUAUAUAAAAAGCCAAGAAAAUAUGCAGUUUGAUAAAAAAAAUUGCGUCGGUACUGUCAAGACAAUUCAUACCCUGCUAUGAAUUCUGAUAAGGGGUGAUAAAAUUUGCUCGUAAGGUAAAAAAGGGUCGUGGGUAUUGACUGUUAUUUCAGGGUGGAAGAAUUGAUGCUUUUCCACACCCAAGGUAUGAUCGACCGAUCGGUCAGAUUUACCAUUUUUCAAGCUUUCGUGGAUAAAGAGAUGCGGAAGUGUUUUUAGAUUUUGACGUUACUAUUUUUUUUUCUUCGGCAUUGUUACUUAACGCUUGAAAUUUUAUUAUUACACGUGUUACCAGCUAGUACGGAAAAUACUGCUUUGUACAGGGUGGUCUCGCAAUAAGUAUUUCUAUAUUUUGAUGUGAUAAAGGGAGAUGCGCGUUUGUCGAAGACAAAGGCCGCGGGAAUGGGAACUCUUUUGUAGACAGGAAAGAAACAAUCGGUGGCUCGUUAACCGUGUUAAAGAUUUUUAUUGCUGAAUAGAAACGUCUCUUGGCAACGGACUUCAAAGGGACUCAUGAAAAUGGAGACUUAGUUUUAUUUCCAGUAUUCGUGGUUGGUACUUUUUUUGUACCCGAAAUUAUUCUUUUCCUCGAUCGAUAUAUUCGUUAUCGAUCUGAUUUUGCGUUUGAGGCUGAAGCCUUAGGCACGGCAGUGAAAUAUAUUCAUAUUUUUGGAUUAUUGCGAACUUCCUUUACGUUACGCUUCCACGAGCGAUAUGUCGCUCCGAUGGAAAUCGUUCCGACUGAUGCGUUACCAACCGAACGCACCCUCGAGGCAUGCUGGUUUGAGGAAAAUUUUAAGAAUUCAAUUUAUGCGUGACUAUGCGUUUUUGGUAUAUUGAACAAUUUUUUUCCUUCUUUUUUUGAGAUAAUUUUUUUUUCAAAAUUUUGUAAAUUUUUUUUUUUUUAUAUACAGCAACUCUGACUGGAUGACCCACGAUUGCAGACGAAGAUAGGCCCUUUUUUCUCUGACAAAGAUAAUAUAUCAGUCGAAAUCCGGAAAUUGAUGGGACGUCUAGGGACGAGGAAUAAUGCAUGUCAAUUUUAGUUCUCCCAAUGGAGACACAUAUGGUUGGACGUAUUCAUGGGACUUUUUUUGGAGACGAGGGAGAAGGACGUAAUGAUGAACGGAUGAGGGUAGAUGAUCUGGACCAGUUUUCAUUUUCGUGGAGGACGGUAGCUCACACAUGAUUUUAAUGGAUUGUUCAAAAAUAUGUUGUUCGGAAAGGAAUCAACGUUUUUUUAAAUUUUUAUCUUCCCGUCAAAGAAAACCCCUGUUACGUUCGAUGUGAAAAUUCUCGACCGUUUCAUCCCGCUGAUAAAACGCAGGUCGAGAAAUUCACAUAAAAUCGGACAUUUUCCGUACGUUUGCACGUGGCGGAUUUUUACGCUCGAAAAAAUGUUUUUACAGCACGGCAAAGAUUUCACCACGUACAAUUUACGCUGUUGGCAAUCGAACGUAACCCGGAUGAACGAAUAAUCGUACGAGCAAGGAUCAGGAAUAAAAUUAUUGAAGAAAAAAAAAUCCGACCUCACGUGGGCUCGAACCAGAAUUAUUUGCGAUUUACAAACUUUUUUGCAUUCAAUGCUUAUUAGCCGCUUCUUCGUACACGUUUAAUGUUAACACUGACAAUUACGUUUACGCGUCCUUUGAUCUACGGAAUUAUUUGACUUUGUAGAGAAAUCCAUGCUAUUUUUUAUAGGACGUGAUCUAUCCGUAUUUAAUACGUCUUCUGUGUAAUCCUUGAGGCAUUGAACCGUAUAGUUCUGAGGUCAUGCCACCUUUCACGUGUACUUAUCUUUAUUACGUACCAGCAAUCAAAAUAUUACCACACUACGUACUGCUCGUAACAUUUAUUAUUUCACCUUCUUAUAUUAACCAACUUGUCCUGAAAUAAGGUAACUCCGCCAGCUUAAUCGACAAGCUCUAAUAAAUAGGUGAGUUCAUGUAAAUUAUAUCUAUACAUAUUUUUUCUAUACUCGAACGAUUUUCAAAACAUUAAGUGAAAUUCUAGUCGAAUGAAUAAUGUGUCACGUGCAAUAAAAACUUGGAAAAAAAAAAGUACGACAGAAUUAUCGAAAAUGAAAGUCUAUCAAAGGCGUAAAAUAAAUAUUACCAAUACUUUGAUUUUUACUUUCUACUUUCACAACCUCGUGCGAGGACUAAAAUUGUAAUAGGCAAUAAAAAAAUUAUGUACGAUAUUAAGAACUGUCACGUAAAAAUAUUUAAGAGAUUUAAUUAUUUUAUUUUUUUCCCUAUUUUCUUACACGUGUCCAGUAUGCAAAUUGGUUCAUGAAUGAGGGCGCUUGGUUCAUGACGUCAGACUGAAAUUUCACGAAAAUUCUCUAAAAUGGAAUCCGACACGAUUUGCAUACGUGAACUGGCAUGCAUACAAAGGCGCAGCGUGACAGUUCUGAAAACAAUGAAUGCAAUUUCUUUUUGAUGCUCGAUCAUAAAAAAAAAGGAAUAUGAAAAAUGAUAAAAACGUGAAGGGAGUCGCCAGGUGCGCCCGAUACUCCCACCGCGCCGGUAUACGACAGAGACUGGUGACUGGCUGUUCUGCUAUAACGCCAUUACGCAACACAAGACCCUCGUGAAUGGCUGAAAAGCCAUUGGACGUCGUACGAAGAUGGAAUCAAGAGCAUUUCUGACUUCCGUAAAGUUUAGUCAGCGUCGCGGACGAGGUAGCAAAAAAAGAUGAGAAAAAAAAAGGUAAGGACAGUCAUACCGAAAAAGAGCCGUGGGUAAAGUUCCAGGAUAACUUUUCAAACUCCCAUCGCGACUCCGCUCCUCGAACAACCUGAAAACAACAUUUCUAUACGUACUUUUCAGCCGGAAUUUCAUAUACCCAGACGAAAGAUUUUUUUUUCUCUUCCGACAAAAUAUAUACCCAAGCAUUCACGAACUAGUAACAUAUUAAAGGCAAUAUAUUCAGAUAGCGAUAAUUGAUAAAUAAAAAAUAUAAAUGACGGAGCGUCAAUUAUUAUAAUCAAUAAUUAUACUCGCCUGGGCAAUUAAAAUGUUAGAAUCUCAUAACGACCUAAUAGCACGAGGGUUACGUUACUGGGCAAAUUCCAGUGGCGUCUUUAAAUAAACACGUCGCGCAUUGCUUCCUAGUUAGACGAUGGCGCUGCUAUGCACUACGGUGCGAUCAACGGACUGCAGUGUUAGUCAGCAAUGUGGACUAGCAAUGCAGACAAAAACAGAGAAUGUCGAUAGUGAUUUCGAUCGCGAAGGUAUCGAUUUGUUGGGAAUCGAUUAAUACAUAAUGUUUUAGCAUAGGUCGAUGGAGCGACGCGGCAAGCGUUCCCGGUGAGCAUUCCAUGGCGAUUAGCCUCGUGGAAAGGUAAAGUAAUGGAAGGUAAGGUAAAAGGAGGAUUGCGAGGAUGGCGUCUGGCCUCUCUGGUGAAAGGCAACACUGUCUCGGUCGAAGUAAACUGGCCCUCCCCAUCCGCGAUGCGCGGCAAUUGUUUUUAUUUGAAGUAAAGGAGUUGAUAUCGUUACAUGGGAACCCUGACUGCACAGGAUUUGCUCUCGGUUACUCCUGCCGUGGAAUUGGUAGGGGUUAAGAGUUCGCGUCCAGCAAGAAGGCGGGGAUCGAAGACGAAAGGCUGGAGGUAUAAAAGAGGCAUGGGGUCCAUGUUGGGAUAACACACCUCAACAUGAAGGUGUUCGUUGUAGCGUUGAUUUUGGCAGUUGCCACCAGUGCUUAUGGAGGAUACAUAAGUAGCGGUUGGUCUGGCGGAGGUGGCGGCUGGUCGGGAGGUGGCGGUGGAGGUGGCCUAAGCGGAUGGAAAUAUGGCGGAGGUGGCGGUGGAGGUGGAUGGAGUGGAGGUGGCGGUGGAGGUGGAUGGAAUGGAGGUGGCGGUGGCUGGAAUGGGGGUGGAGGCGGUGGCAAGAUCAUCAAAGUGAUCACGGUUAGUGGUGGAGGAGGUGGUUGGCCAAGCGGCGGCGGCGGCUGGAAAUCCGGAGGUGGAGGUGGAGGCUGGUCCGGAGGCGGCGGUGGCUGGUCCGGAGGUGGCGGAAAUGGAUGGAAGCUUGGAGGAGGCGGAGGUGGAUGGUCUGGAGGUGGUGGAGGCGGUUGGUGGUAAACAGUCUGAUGUUUCGAUCCUGGCACAGGGAUGGACCACAUGGAAAUUCAAUACCUCUUCUAGAAACGUGGCUGUUAUUUCUCUCUAACUUUUUUAAAUGCUCAGUACUAGUUACCGAUUCCUUUGUAUAUUUUUCCCAAAUAAACUUUCAUAGAAACAUACCAAA